CCUCUUUUCUGUGGGAUUCCCCGACAACAACGUGCUUCGCUUUUGGCCCAAAAUAUUUUGACUUUUUCGGCUGUUCUAGCUUCUCUCCUGGCGCUCCUGCAAUCUUGGCUCUUCCUCAUUUUCUCUCAGCGGUGAAAGGAGGGAAAUUAAUGAUGGAAGAGCAAGGACUCGAGAGCCUGUCAUUGAGCCAGAACCUGCCGCUGAGCCAGGACUCCUUUCGAGCUCUGUGGGAGAGCGUAGUUACUCCCUCCAUCUCCACCAUUCCACAUCAGCCUCCGUUGACUGACGUGGAAAGUGUGUGUCCUGAACCAUGGAGGGAACAUGAACACAUGGAUAUGCUGCUUAUGAAUGAGGAAGCGCUGACUGAGGGGUUUGUUGAGAAUCUGUUUGAGCUGCCCCCGGAGAUGUCCACUCCCCCAGCGUCUACCGUCCCAGUUACAACCGACUACCCGGGGGAAUAUGGCUUCCAGCUUCGCUUUCAGAAGUCUGGCACGGCCAAGUCUGUCACUUCCACUUUUUCGGAGCUUCUUAACAAGCUGUAUUGCCAGCUGGCAAAGACCACCCCAAUUGAAGUGCUAGUGAGCAAGGAGCCUCCUGUGGGUGCCAUCAUCAGGGCCACAGCGGUUUAUAAGAAGACUGAGCACAUGGCUGAAGUGGUCCGCAGAUGCCCCCAUCACCAGAAUGAGGACGCUGCUGAACAUCGCAGCCACCUUAUCAGAGUGGAGGGCAGCCAGAGAGCCCAGUACUUUGAGGAUGUGCACACAAAGAGGCAGAGUGUGACUGUCCCUUACGAGCCCCCACAGUUGGGCUCAGAGAUGACAACCAUUCUGCUGAGCUUCAUGUGCAACUGUUCAUGCAUGGGGGGCAUGAAUCGCAGACCCAUCCUCACCAUCCUCACCCUCGAGACUCCGGAAGGACUAGUUUUGGGCCGGAGGUGCUUCGAGGUUCGUGUCUGCGCAUGUCCAGGCAGGGACCGUAAAACUGACGAGGAAAACAAAUAAAAAGAGGAGAACGGUGCAAAACAAACUAAAAAACGAAAGAGCGUCCCGGUUCCUGACACGACUUCUGUGAAGAAGUCCAAGUCGGCCUCCAGUGCAGAGGAGGAGGACAAGGACGUGUUUGUUCUGCAUGUUCGUGGUCGUGAGCGUUUUGAAAUGUUGAAGAAGAUCAAUGAUGGUCUAGAGUUGCUGGACAAAGAAAGCAAAACCAAGACCAAGGUGAAACAGGAGAUUGCUCUGCCUUCCAGCGGAAAGAGACUCCUGCAAAGAGGAGAGAGGAGUGACAGCGAAUAAGAAGCUGGUUGCUUUGAUCAUGAGAACGAACAUCUUUUUCCCUCCAAGCCAUUGGGUUUAUUUCACAUUUUAAUUCGACAUUGGAACCCCAAAUCACCUCCUGCCUACAUACACCAGAAAACUUGAGCUGAUAACUAUACUGCCUGACCAUUUACUCCAUAAGUACUGUACAGUGACUGGCUGUUUUUUUACUUAUGCCAAUGAAUAAAGGUUGAAAAGGUGACAGGGGAGAGCAGUUCAUACUGUAGGCAGGCCUGCCUCCUCUUCAGUGCUCCCAUUGCCUUUAAAGGUCCCGUCCCGAGAUCUUUGACUUUUUGUUUUUCAUGAACUGGAUAUCAGAUUGGGACUUAAUCAUGUGUGAAGACAUGUGUGAUUAUUCCAUACCACGAUACGAGUCACUGCCAUCCGUUUGAAAAAGUGCAAAGUCACACUUGUAAACUUGAAUUGGUGGUAAUGUUGCUGUAUUGCUGUACCAGAGCCCAUGCAAUUUCAAUUACAUUUACAUCCAGGCAGACUCUCCUCUGUCUGUGAGGAGCCCAAAUGUUUCAUUCCAGCUCUCAUUAGAUAAGCUGCGCAGGGAUAAAAAUGUUAAGAACACCUGAACAAAUGUAAGGCCAGAUUAAAGACUACACAGGCUUGACUGCAUGGACCUUGGUCAGUGGGGCUUUUUCUAAUUAAUUUUUCAUGUUUUUUUUUUUUUUUUUCCCAUCACAAGAUGCUGUAAACAGAUGGUAGCCCCCCCACUCUUAAAUGGCGAUGAUUCGGCUUGCAGGGAACAUGUAUUGUCAGGAUUUUUGUGAAAAUUAACAGUAGAUUUGGUAGAUGAGGGGCUGGCUGGAUCACCCCAAAAGCUAAUCAGCUUUUAGUAUUUUUUUAACUUUUUUAUAUGCAGCAGACCGCAGAAAGUGUUGCCCCCCCCCCCCCCCCCCCCCCCCCCCCCCCCCCAAGACCAUACAGUUAAUGAAAUACCCAGCACUUCAUUUUCAUGUGACCAAUCAAAGCUGUCAGUGCAACCAUUUUUUUUAACACUGCCAAAAGCAUACUUAAAGGCAUUUCUUUGUUUUGUUUCUGUAUCUUUAUACGUUAUUUUGGGAAUUUAGUUUUAUAUAAGAGGUUUAUCUUUCAACAUUGUUCAGUGUCAUUGUUUUUUCAUGCCUUCUUUUUGUACUAAUUUGAAUUUUGUAACUCAAAGCUUGAAGCCAAAAUAAACGCGUAGUGCUCCUGUAUUCUGUUACACGA